AUGAAUGGUACUUCCAAUCCUUACCUAGCUGGUGCUGAUUACUUCCCUGAUAGCAACAGGACCACCAGCCAAGAAUGGUUGAUGAAUCUCUUUCCUGGUCUUCCUCAGGCCCCCGAGAUCGCACCAAACCACCAUUUCCCUGGAUUUCAAGACUUUCAAUUAUCCAACAACUCGUUUGAACAACAUACCAACACCGUACAGCCUAACCAAUCCACUUUUGGGCUUUCAUCCCCUCCGGAGCCAAGCUCAAUGGACCAUUCCAUGGCCACCUCACUUUCCAAUGACGGCCCACCGGCCCUCAGAACCCGUUCUUCAACCUCUGCCGCCGUGAAGAGAAGAAUGUCUAGUCGGAUCACCAAGCCUACCCCAUCUAGCAGUAUCACACGCAAGGCAAGCAAAGGCUCAAGAGCUGGUCUUGAUUCAGAUGAAAAAGUCGAAGUUAUCCCUCGAAGGUUUUAUCCUCCUAGUGGAAAUAGAAAACAACAUCGAAGUGGAUUUAGGCAAGUUCCAGGACCAGAUGGGAUUGUAAAAAAAGGAAGACCUUCUAAGAAGGAAUAUGCGCAAGGUGGAGUCGACAUUGAUAUGUAUCAUCAUAAGAAGAUUCUUCUUCCCGAAAACAAGGAAGCACCCGUGGUAAAAAAGCAAAAAUCAAAGUCAAGGUCAGGUUCCACCAGGAAAUCUAAUGCUGAUCACAGUAGCUCACCAUCUACAUCAGAAGCUCAACCUCAAGAAGCUCAACCCCAAGAGCCUACUCAGAGUCAGGCUACUGAUCUAGGUGGCUGGCCUACCGUUGCUGAUCUUGACCCCCAUUUGAGGUUCUCACAUACGCCCCAGCCUGCUUUUCAAGGAUGGAAUGGAGGACCUCACAGCUUAGAUAACAUGGCAUAUCUCAAUCUCGCUACUUCUGGAACCACCUUUCAGCCUACCGGACCUUAUGGACAACAAGACCCUUCGCAUCUUUCAGUUCCCUACCACAAUCCCCACAGUUCGAGCACCUCUUUACCCAUGAUGGAAUCACUAUCUCAUGCGAUACAACCGGAUUUAUCUUCUUACUCGUUCAACCACGGAUCUUUACCGUUAUCAAAUCAAGCUUCUUCAGUCGGACACUAUACUGGAGUGGAAUCAGUUUCGAUGGGUUUCUCACCCGCACAUAGUAGUAUUGGAGCUAUGGAAUACGGAUCCGCUCCAAUGUCUUACCAAAACUCUUAUCAAAACUCGUCUGGGGAACCUGAUCCGAUGAUGAAUAUGAGUAAUCAACCUGCUGCCCCCGAUUUCCUUCAAUAUCAUAUGCCACCACUCGAUCAGUAUGGAAACGUGAUUGGUUUUGAAAACAAUAACCACAAUACCAAUAACAACAUGUCUUACAAUGAUCCGUUUUCUCAAUUUCCAUAUCAACAAUGA